GACAAACGCCACUGUUUCUCCCUCGCCUCCGCACACCAACGGCUCGAGCCUGGACCACAUGCACGAACGGCCCACAGUGCCUGCCAAGAUAUAACUCUCAGAGCGAUGAUGGCGGCUACCCAUCAACUUCUCCAGCGCCAUGCCUCGUGAGGUCAUCCAGAUUCACAGUCCUUUACCAACCCGGCCCCGAUCCUGUUGCUCCUUGGCUGAAGCGGAGGAACAAGAUGAUCGCUGCGGCAAUAAGGCCAGCGACGAACAGGCUGACGAUGAAAUACUCGAAGAAAUUGAUCGCACAAUCUCCCAACAGCUCUGCUUGACGGAUGCCCUGGAGCUGAUUCGCACCACAAAGUCGCCGACUGAAUUCGAUACCCUCGAGCUCCGGACAGCCUACAACACGAUCAUCAACAGCGAGGUGGCAUCGGCGCUGCCAGCUGGCCCAACGAGACAGGAUCAGGCCAUGUCCCCUUCUCCCUCAGGCGAACAAACAGGAACGCCUCUCUCGCCCGCCGCUGACCACCCAAGCCACGCUACCAAUUUCCACCAGCUGUCGUUCGAGGGCGAGAGCAUCCACGAUCACGAUCGCAGGUGGUCCCAGAUCAGGCCCUCCCAAUCUCGGAUUGGCUUGCUUGGAGUGCAAGCCAUGGACAAUUUGCGCCACCAUUUCACCAAGCCAGAAUCGCAUCCAGCACAAGGCAGGAACUCACUCGCCACACACGCUCACUCCACACCGACGAACGACCAUGGAUCUGCCCUGGAUGCCACAAGGGCUUCGCUCGCGCUGACGCUCUCAAGGGUCAUCUGUCCAGAAUGAUUGCACAGAUCAAAGGCUGCUCCUCAAAGCGAGCGUGGUGAU